UGGCACGUCCUGUAGCGGGUGUAUACAUGUGCAUUGUGCAAGUUUUCAUUGAGUGUGGAAAUCCAGCUACGCUGCAGAUAUUUUUUCGAAAAGUUUGCUAUCCUGCUGUCAGCUGGAAGGGAACAGUUGUGUAGUGGAUAACGUCGGAGCUUGUAUGUUGUGGGUUUCUGUAGUCUAAAAUAUUAUGACAGUUAAUUAGGGCCUGUGAAAAUGUUACUGUUUCGUAUUAUUGAAAUUUUGUGCUUCGCUGCAGUGCUCUCGGCCGAUAAUACUCCACUAACAACAAAGAAGCCCAACAGUUUGCAACAGGAUGCAUCUAAAACAGAUGUGCACGAUAUAACUGGGCUUUUUGAGCCCAAUGCAAAAUCUGUAAAUGGCUCUAAACAAAACUUUGAACAUCGUCCGAUUGCCUUAGAAGGAGGUUCUUCUGUGAUUGCCAACGAUACAAUAGUUUCAGAAUCGAAUAGACCGAAGGAAUUGGUUCAAAAAACCAUUUCAGAACAAACUUUGUUUGACAAUGGUACUGGUGUAACUACAAAUCAUUCUAAUAAUUUCCAUGAAGCUAUUCAAACCGAAGGUGGAUUACUGGAGAUACCUGUAAGUACAGCAGCAGCUGGCGAAACCACCAAACUGGUACCGAGUGAAGCAACUGAUUUUAUCAAAGAUUCUUUCCCGUUAAAUGUGGGAGAAGUAAGUGAUCAUCCAUCUGUGGUACCAAGAAAGGGCGUCUCGCCAAAAAUUGUGCCGAGAAAAGGAGCAGAGCCGUAUGAACCAUUUGUUGACCUCGAUGACAACACAGAAAUGAAAUCGGCAUGCAACUGUUGUGAAACGCUCAGUUCUGAACAAAACAUUGGAAAUUAUACAGCAGACCCGAGAUGUGUUUCAUGUUGUAACACAACAGGCAGUAAAAAGUCAAGUACUUCAACCACAGGAUUAAAAAAUGACACUACAGGGUUCAAAAGUACAGGUAACAGCAGUAACCAUGAUGAUUUCAAAAUUGCCAAUAAUAGCGUUAACUCUACAGAUUUCAAAAGCGAAGCAGCGCUAAACGAGUCCAAUUCACGUGAUGUGUAUAGAGCUUACCCUCCUCUGAAGAAAAAGUCCAAGCCACUUGUUACUUCAGAUACUGACAUUGAAAUGAAACAACAAAAAAGUCCACAGUCUUCAAGUUCAGAGAAAAGCGACUUUGUAAUACCUGUGGUUUUGUUAAUUUUAGCAGUACCUGUAGUAGUCGUCCUAGCAAUGCUUUUUUACAGAAAAGGAACAGAAUUUUGGGAACGAAGGCAUUAUAGUAAAAUGGACUUUCUUAUUGAUGGAAUGUACAAUGAGUAAUUCAUAACCACUGCUGUUUUGGAAAAAAGAAGGUGACAACGAUAACUGGAAUGUAUUUUACUUCCCGACAUUUUACAUAUUGUAUUAAUAUAUAUAUAUGUAUAUCCUGUGCCGUCCUUAAUGACCUUACUGUCACUGUGACUUUAAACCCUACAAAAAAAAUAAUUGUAUGUUGAAACAUGUUGUGUACCUGUCAGUUGCAGAAUGUUGUAGAUAAAGUUCUCACGACUGAACGUUUUAAAAAUUCAAACUUUGCAACUAGACUUCUUGUGAUGUUAAAGGAAACUGAACUGGUGAUGGAACGUUGUAAAAGGCAGGUAAAUUAUAGCAGUGCUUUGGUAACAAAAAAGCUAUUUUCAGUCUUUUAUCUCGGAAAAUACUGUGGGUUACCUAGCUACAUAUUAUAUAUGUAUUCCUUUUUAAAAUCCAGUAAAACAGUAAUUUAUCUGCUGUAAUAUAAAUUAUGGUUAAAUCGAUUAACUUUCAGUAAGAACCAUAAUAGAAAUUUGUAAAAUGUGUUUAAAUUUUAGUGUUUCAUUUUCAGAAUUAUCAUUAAUGGGUGCCAUUACAUACACUAAAAGAAUAUGUGUUUGUUUCCUAGAUUACAGUAAUUAAAAGAAAGAAAAGUCAUCUGCAUCAUCCUACCACAGCUGAAAAUUCAUUGUUCUGAAGAAUAAAAUGCAAAAUAAUAAUUUAUAGAUAAAGCCUUUGACAAUUAUACAAUUAAGACCUAUAUUAUUUGCUGGAAAUUAAGCUGAUAGUCAAAAGUGUAGCCCAGUGAGAGCAAGACACUGUUUGAAAAAGUUGAAGUUUGUAUUUUAGGAUUUGACAAAUUUUUGAUGACAAUAAUAUAUACAUAUAGUGUGUAAUCGAUGUUGCAAGAAAGGAAGAGAAGAUGCAGCAAAAACAUUGCUUUGUAUCAACACUGCCUAUUCUAUAUUUAACAUGUCGACUGCCACGAAGCUGCUGGCAGCCUCAGCACAGUCUUCUGCUGAAGUUGGUGGCAGCCAUAUGGUAUUCAACAUGUUAAAGAAGUAUUGCAAGAACAAAAGCAUCAGUACAUGUGAGAAAUCACCCUGUACUGUUUUGUUGUAGAGCUCUUCUUUCUUGGUUACUUUCAAUCAGUGAUAGAGUGCUCAAGGUCUUACCUGUAUUGUACAGUUAUGUUGUUUUACAUUUAGAGCACAUUGUUUUACUGUGGGAUCUUUUACGACCUCAGCCGAUAAAGGGUGUCUCACAUGUAUCCAUUAGUUUUAUUACAGCUGUUCUAUCCAGACAAAAACAAUCAGUCGAGAACUGUUUUACUGAAUUUUGCAGUUCACAAAUUGUUAUACAGAGACCAACUUUUUCAGUUUUAUGUGUGUAUGUAUGCAUGCGUGCACUAAAGUUGAAGUAAUUUUUUUAAGAAAUAUGCUGUGCUAUGCUGGUGGUUACAGAGAAAAUUUAAAAUAAAUUACAGAUACCAACUUCUCAGAAUGAGACUAAACAUGCAGCCAAAUACAUGUUCCAUGUUUAUUGCCAUAGUCACCCAAACAUAGUAGAACCAACAGAACUACUGUCAUUAGGAAUCUGAAAUGCUUUUGAGCUAAUGAAACCACUUGUUCAUGAAAGCAUGUGUUUUUCAAUCGUAUAUGAGAAUGAAUAUGCUUUUAUGAUCAGAAAGAAGUUGUUGUAUUUAUUAAACAUAUUGACUGCCACAUUCAUACUGAUGAAUGUGUCACCGCCAGGCCUCAGCGGCAGGCUUUAGUUCUACUGUGGCUGGUGGCAAGUGCAUGGUGUCAGGCAGAAGGACCUUCUGUGGCCUUGUGACAGUCGUCAUGUUAAAGUAGACUCUGAAACAAGAUCUUUUAUUUAUUUUGAAUCCUCACCAAUCAGUAAGAAGGUUGUUAACCCCCUAACUUACUGCUUCCUCUUUAAAAUGUUAAAAAUGUUUCCAAACUUGUGCUUGUGAAUUGUAAGUCAUGCAAUUGAUGUAAUAUGUAGCAAUUGGGCAUGAACUUUUUGUUAUAUCAAUUGGGCAUAUUUCAUUUAAUAUUCAAAACCCUCAUGAUUAUUAAAUUUUCAGCUAUUGUUUAGCUAAAAAAGGGGGGGAUUUUAAUGUGCCAUCAGUUUUUAAGAUUGCCUGACACAAAACGUGGAUGAAUGUAAGAAAACUCGGAAAAGUUUGUUAUGUGAAAUGUUUGAAUGAGGUGUAUAAUCUGCUUUAGAAAACACAUGUAUCAUCACAUGGUACUCACAGUAACAUAAAAACAGGGUAAAUCUGCCAUAGCGCAAACUAUUUGUACCCAUAUUUUUAAAAAGUAUGUUAUAAGGUUAGCAGGCAAUGCUGUACACUCUGAGAUCAAGUGAGUUAUUCUGACAGCUUUAACUGUACAGAACAUCUAUGUAUUUUGUUAAUAAAUGGAAAACAUAAUGCGCCUUGUACUGGAACAGAGUUGUGUUUGGGUUAAUUAGUUUUAUAGUGUUUUCUCAAGUAUUUAGAGCUUUUAAGAUGUUGCUGCAUUAAUAAGCUGGAGCCAGUCAUAUACCUAUGAGCAAAGUCGAAAACAUGUUUUUGUUUCAAAAACUUUUGAACUGUUAUUGGAUAAUCUGCAUUUAGCAAAACUUUUUAAUAGUUAACCAAGGGUGUCUGUAUCUACAGGUAUUUCCUAUUCUAAGAAAUUGGACUAUUCAGAAACUGAAAUAACUCACUAAUGUCUUAAUCCUUCUAUUCAUCACUCAAAAGUCCAACAACAAGGAAAGUGACAAUCUGUUUGCUUAUAUACUAAUAAAAUUCAAGUCUGUGAUUAA